CGAGCACAGGAGCCUCACCAUGAACUUCACCGAGAGCUUCGAGGCGGCGCGACAGCGGCCGGGGAGCGGCGGGAGCCGCCGCCGGAGAGCGCCCCGUCCCGGCCCCGCCGCGCUGCUGCUGCUGUUGCUGUCGCUGCUGCCGCUGCCCGCCGCCGCCGCUCCGCUCCCCGACUCGUCCGGGGAGGCCGGGCUGGAGGAGGAGGCGGGGGCGCGGCGGGCGCUGCCCGAGUGCGAGUCGCUGGCCUGGAUGCUGCACGACCGCGCCGUCCAGCUGCAGGAUGAGAUGUGCGAGAAGUUCACGGUCUGCGAGAACAGUAUGGAAAUGCUCGUCCAGAACAACCUCAACCUGCCCAAGGUGACGGAGGAGGACGGCUGCCUGCUCGCCGGCUUCGACGAGGAGAAAUGCCUGAGGAAGCUCUCCAGCGGCCUGUUCGCCUUUCAGACCUACCUGGAAUUCGUUCAAGAAGCUUUUGCUAGUGAAAAGCAGACAGUCAAGUCGCUGUGCUAUAGCACGAAGCACCUGGCGGCCAAGAUCCGGCAGAUGGUGAUCAAUCCCAAUGAAGUGGUCAUCCCAGACUUGGCCGCCCAGAAAUCCCUCCUCGCCAAGCUGAAGUCAGAUAAGGCCUGGAUAGAGAAAAUCACCACGCACCUCAUCCUCCGAGACUUUACUUCGUUUAUGGAGAAAACCGUGAGGGCCAUUCGCUAUUUGAAAAACACCAGGAGUUUCAGUGCCUGAAUGUUUUAGUUCGGGCACAGUCCUCUGUUACCGAUCUGUCACGUGGCAGAUGGCAAUGUUGUUCCGUUUCAGGAACCAGAGAGUAACAAUGGUUUGCAUUUAUAGACAUUCUCAUUUCCUUCAAGGAACCUAUUUAUUGUAUUUAAAAUAUUUAUUCUUUUCUAAUGUUUUCUAUUUAUAUUAAGUAUUUUCAAUAUUUAGAAAUAACUCAAGCAAAACACCUGUUUUAUUUCUUACGGUACUAUUCAGAAUAUCAACUUAUUUAUUAUGUACUCAGCACCAAAGAAAAUGUCCGGAAGUCAGACGGUUGUAUAACUUAUGCUUUUAAAAUAUUUGAGAGAUUGUAUUUUUUAUCUAUUUAUAUUUUCUAAACAAAUAAAAGCUCAUCUGAAAAAGAAAAAAAAACCGCCUAACGUGUUUGAACUUUAAAUAAGAGUGAAGAACUCUACUGUAUCCAGCUUUUAAUGCCUGUAGUUAUCAAAAUUACCCUUUCAAAGAAUUUAAUCAGUAUAAUUAAAUCAGCUAGCUACGAGGGCUGCUCCAAAAGUAAUGCCUCCUAUUUUGUUAUGUCAGUCCAC